UUGCGGAAGUCAGUGGGGUGCGGAGCGCUCCAUCCCUGCAGGGUGGGGUUGUGGCGAGGGGGCGCUGCUGCUGCUGCUCGGCCCUUGCCCCCGGCAAUGAACGAAGUCGAGUCCCGCGGGGCUCCGGGGCGACAAAAGAGCGGCGCACGGAGCGCAGGGGCAGCCCAUCGCCUCUAGCGGGGCCUGGCCGGACGCCCAGAAGUUUAGGGCUGGAAGGGGCCUCGUGGGAUCAUCGGGUCUAGCCCCACUGCUCUCUCCUGCCGAGUCUUCCCUGCCAGCCCGCAGUGCCUGGCAGGGCUCCGGGCGCUGGGUCCGCUUGGGGGAGGCAGGGGUGUCGUGUGUGCGCACGCCUGUUUUCCCUGGCUGAGAAGCAGGGGCGGCCCAGACGUGUGGUCCCAAAGCAGCAGCUUCACUUGAUGCACAGAUGGUGAAUGAGGAGUUCUGCAGAACGCGAGGGUGGCAACCCUGCUCAGACUAUGGACCAUGUAACACUCUGCCCUCUGUACAAAUUUGAUCAUGACAUUGCAGAGAUGCAUUCCUUUUCCUCAGGAGUACUGGACUGGUUAACCUUAAACUGGAUUUUAUAAUUAUUGCUCCAAGUCACCCGUAUGAAAGAGAGAGCAGUUUCCUGUGCUGAAAGGUACAGACCUAGCAAUGGGGUGUUUCUUGCUGCCCUGUGACCAGGAUCCAUGUAAAUCUUGCCUUUCAACAACCACCCCCUGAGUUGUUUCACUUUACCUGGGUUGUACUUUUUGUCAGCACCUGUCUUAAGUGUCUGCCCUCCCUCCAGGAUGAUGACUGCCUGGUGCUAUACUGCCAGGAUUUACCUUACCAGCUUAAGGCCCCUUACUGUUAGGAAAAGCUUGGCCUGUCUGAGAUGGGGUAGACCUGGCACAUUCCCAUUUGAUGAAAAACUUAGCUGGUUUAAAACUCAGCUCUUGGCCAAGACCACUCUAGCAUGCUGGGGAAUCACAGAGCUGUCACUUGGUACGAAGUGCCAGGAAGCUCCAAAUAAAUGUACCCAAAUAAAAGGGGCCUUACUCUCCAAGCCUGUCGGAGAGAAGCCUUUAGGUGGAUUCUUCUGGCAUCUUGGUUUUUCCUUUCGCCUGGGACUCCGGGCUUGUGUUCUCUUGUUGAAGUUUGGCCCCCUGAUUCUGCUUUAUCCCUGGACCUACCUGUCUUCAGGUUUCACAUCUCUCUGGCUUCAACUUCUGCUCAAAGCCACAGAGACCUCAGGCCCCACCUUUAUCAAACUGGGUCAGUGGGCCAGCACCAGGAGGGAUCUCUUCUCUGAAGAAUUCUGCGCAAAGUUUUCCAAGCUUCAUGUAAAGGUAAGCUCUCAUCCCUGGGGUCACACCAAGCAGGCACUUCGGAGAGCAUUUGGGGAAAACUGGAAGAAAGUCCUCAAGUUUAAAAGUAAGGAACCUAUUGGCUCUGGCUGUGUUGCCCAGGUAUAUAAAGCAUAUGCUGAUGCCACUGCUAUUGAUGAUCCACAGUUUGAAGAACUAGUCAGGAACUCUGAAUCAGAAUCGGCUCUGGAAGCCUGGGAGGUAUCUGGAUUUCAGGGCAUCUUCAGGUGGUGCUGGAAGAAGCGUGGAAAGAUGUUGAAAGAAAGCAAUGCAGAGCAGCUGCUUCAGAAGGACUGUUUUCAUGGAGACACUAGUAGGACUGCUACCUCUAAGAAGUCAGUGACUGGAUCUCAGCUGACUACCAACACCUUACCCCCUGUUGAUAGUUCCAAGGAGAUGGGUCACUUUAUUCCUGUAGCCAUAAAAGUCCUGCAUCCUGGACUAGUCCAUCAGGUCCAGAUGGAUCUGUUCCUGAUGAAGAUGGGCAGCGAGAUCAUUGAGCUUCUCCCUGGAUUCAAGUGGCUCAGCUUGACUGAAAUAUUGGAGGAGUUUGAGAAGCUUAUGAUUUACCAGUGCUUAGAAAUGGAUUUCUUGAGGAUCUGCCCCUUGAUCUUUUCAGCGACACAGACAGACCUACGCUACGAAGCCAAAAACUUGGAGCGCUUCCAACAAAAUUUCCUGGACAUGGAUUUUGUGAAGUUCCCAACUCCCCUUCGCCCCUUUGUGACAAGAAACAUCCUGAUGGAAACAUUUGAGGAGAGUGAACCCAUCUCCCAGUAUCUGCACACAGAGGUUGACCCUGAGCUGAGGCAGAGAAUUGCGAAGAUGGGUAUGGAUAUGCUCCUAAAGAUGGUGUUUGUUGAUAAUUUUGUCCAUGCUGACUUACAUCCUGGGAACAUACUGGUCCAGGGUGCAAAGCAUUUCGGUGCUACCCGCAGGGAUCAAACCACCAUUGUGGAUAUGUGUGACACGCUCAUUGUAGAAGUGCGACCUUCCCUUUGUCAGCUCCGUCUGGUGCUGCUGGAUGCAGGGGUCGUGGCAGAGCUGCAGGAAGCUGAUCUGCAGAACUUCAGGGCAGUUUUCACUGCUGUGGCACAGGGACAGGGGGAGAGAGUGGGAGAGUUGAUCCUUCACCAUGCUCGGGCUAACCAGUGUAAGGACAUAGAGAGAUUCAAAGCUGAAAUAGCAGAGCUGGUGACCAAGACCAGGAUGAACACCAUAGCCCUGGGAAAGCUUCAAGUAGCAAAUCUGCUUUCCAAUGUCUUUAAGUUACUGAUGACCCACAAGGUGAAGCUUGAGAGCAACUUUGCUUCGGUUGUCUUUGCCAUCAUGGUUUUGGAAGGGCUUGGUCGCUCGCUGGACCCCAAACUGGAUAUCUUGGAGGAGGCUAAGCCACUUCUCAUCAAAACAGCAGCAGCUGUCUUAAAAUAGCAGUGACCACUGGAGUUGGCGUUCCAUUGUUGGGCUUUUUGGCAAGGAAUUGCCUAUUCUUUUUGUCAGUAGAGGGGGAAGGAACCUUAAGUUGGAGUUGCUGCAUGGCUGGUCAUGACUGAGCGCAAAUUUAUAAGGGAAUAACCUAUUGCUUCUCACCAGAGAUUUGAGAGGUGAGUGGCUAUGUCAUAGUGUCAAAGACACUGUCAAGUAGUCUAGAUCCCCAAGGCUGAGGCAAAUCAUCUGCAUUCUGAAAAUGAUUUGAAGUGUUUAGAGAUUUCCAUUGUGUUUGUGAACUUAAACCAGAAGGACCCCACUCUAGUGGAACAAAACAGUGUGUGAAAUUCUGUUGAUUCUGCAGAUGUCCACAGCUGCCCCAAAGCUAUAGCAAGAUCAGGCUACACAGGCAGGUCAGUUUUUGUUUCAUGGAAAUGCCAGGGAACAGGCUCAAACGUUGUUAGAAAGGGACAGAAACUUUCUUUUUAGGCUUUAAAAGAAUAGAAAUCACAUAAAUAUUUCUGAGCAUAGCAGAUAUGCUUCUCUUUCUUCUUGGAAGCCAGUGAUCACCCUGUGUUCUGUUGCUGGCAGCAGAAUGCAUCCCAGUUACUGCAGGGAUGCUUAUACAUGGUGUAUAAGCUCAGCCUUGUUUCCACAAGCACCAGCAGGCUUCAGAUUAGAGCCAGCAAGGAAAAGAAACAGUUGCUGAAUUCUGAUGAGUAGGGUCCUGUGCUUGCUGCUGACUUAAUGGGUACAGGAUCAAACUCUAUUGGUUAGUGUGAAUUGGGCCAGGACUGCAGAGAAGACCGAGACUGCUGCUACAACAAGCUAAAUAGUAAUGGGGAUUUGGUUUGAUCUUCCUAUUUCGAUAGUAUUCAUUUUUAAAAAUGAAUUUCCUAACAUUACUUGAAUAUUAUUCAGUCCUUUCUGUAGAAUAAAUGCUGAGAGUGGGCUUUUUAAAAAAAAUAUAAUUUUCUUGAAAGAAUAAAAGCUCCUGGGAAGGGUAUAAUUUACAUGCAUUUUCAUCAUUCUUCUUCUGGGUGACAUUUUUGAGUAGUUGAUAGUGUAAGUACACUCAAAUGGAACAUGAUUUCCAAAAACGUCACUUCUGAACCUGGGAAUGAAACUGCCACCAGUAGGAAGCUGCUUAUUGUUCCAAGAUAACAUGUACAAAUGAUGCGGCGAUCCAGCUGCCCGUUCUGUAGUCCAUUUUUAUACUAAAAUAUCUGGAGGAUUUUUUAUUCUGUUUCCCUUGUAGAUCUGAGUUGUUAUCAUAAUAAUAUUGAUUCUUCAUGACUGUGUUAAAUGCAAGUAAUCUGAUUAUUUUAAAAGGAGAGAAGUGUUAAACUACUAUCAGUUAAUUUUAUGAAUAACCUGUCAUUUCUGGUAUAAGCAGUAGUACCCUGGCACCUAAGAUGGUUACACAGUCCUAGUUUUAUUUACACUUGUUCUGGCUGUGAAACUGAAAUCUGAAGAACCAAUGUAAUUUCCAUUGUCUUUCAUGUGUUCUUACAUUUGUUUUGUGUCCCCAAAGUGCCCUAAAAUCCCAGUCAGGAGUGGGGUGUCCCUGCUCCUUUGGGACAAUGAGAAAAAGACUAGUGUGGUUGCAACAUCACGGGCUGCUCUGAGAUCAUGUCAAGGAUGCGGUGGGGUGUCACACAGUGUUAGCAUUGUUAGGUGUGCUAACAUAAUUCAUGAGAGAAACUGAGAGAUUUCAAAUAGGAAUCCACUGUGUCAAAAACAUCCUGCCCUGUCAUGGUCUUUCUGAGUUCUCUGCAACAGAAGAGUUGCUCUGUUAUUUUUUCCAUAGUCAAAAAUGGGUGAAAACUAAGAGCUGGCACUUUCCAAGGGGUGCCCUGAGUCUAAAACAGUUAAAAACAAUUAGACUAGUCAAUUUUACUUUCAGAGUCACUUUCUCAAUGUUGCAGAAGUUUGGGCGAUAAAUAAUAACAGGAGAUAUUUGUCUGAAAGAAAAGCUGGUUCUAGAAUAAAAAACAUGAUUUUGAAAA